AUGGCACCCAUGGGGGACGACACGCCGGGCCAGUGCCGCUGGGCUGCCCUCGCCGGCGCGGAGGCAGCGAUAGCGCCGUCCAAACUUGUGGAUCUUCCGCCGAAGGAACAGGUCGCUCGAGGGAGGGAGCUGCUCUCGAUGUUGGGCUGCGGCAGGGAGGACUCCGCGAAGUCCCCGGCCGCGCAGAAGAGCAGAGAGUCCGACAGGAUGGACUCCGGCGCCUCCAUGGCGAGCUCCAUGUCAAGACAUCUGGACAGCUUGGCGUCACAGUCGCAGGAUGCCCAUGUUUCGAGCUUUGCCCCGGCAGCGACCACUGUCGGAGUUCAGCAGGUCGUCAGCUAUGACGGCAGCGAGUGGAUGGUACAGGGAGGUUUUGGAUCCAGGCCUGACGACACCACCGCGGCGCCGAACGCCCCACUCUGGGGCAGCUCUGCUGCAAGCGGCUCCGUCCACACCGCGUCUGCAGGCACUCCCUGGUCCGCCACCAACGCCAUUCUGACGAACUGGUCUAUGGGCAUGCCAUCGACAGCGGUGGCCGCCGCGACUGUGACGCCCAUAGCUGUGAUGGGGGCCACGGGCCCGGCUGUGUGGCAGCCCCUGGAUAGCGGGUCCACAGGAUCUUUGGCAGGCUGGACGGCAGGAGCUGCAAUGACAAUUCCGUCGGACAUGCAAUGCAUGACCGCAGCUCCUGGCAUGGGCAUCGACCUGGCUGUGCCCGUUCCGAUGCCCAUGGUGAUGGCCUCCAGCUCGGAGCUGGGCUCGUCCAUGCUGAGCCGGAAUCAAAUGCGAGCCGAAGCGGCGCCGUGUACGUUCCUGGUUCCAUGCCACUCAGCGUCGGAGCGUAAGGACAGGUUCCCCUCGCCGGCACGCGCGGCUUGUCAUGCAAAUUUCUUUGUGCGAGAGCAGGGCCGGACGCCCAAAGAGGGGUCAGGGACAAAACGAUGGAUGCUGAGUGCAUGCCGCAAUUCGGCUAGACUGCUGGCAUGCAAGCUGCCAGCGAAGACGCUGCCUAGCAGCAGCGAGCCGGUUUCUUAUGGUGUAAUUUCGGAGCGAUCGCCGGCAAUCAUCAAUCUCCCGCCAACGCUCUUGCCCCUGAGCUUGGAGGGCUCCCGGACGCCAGGGUACCGAAAUCCCAGUUUGAAUGACCAUCCAAAGCCAACUCCGGGGACGCAGCUGGAGGUGGCCCGCCAAUCAGAGCAGUAUCUGGAAAGGCGUGGCUGCGAUCCGCGGCCGGGGAUGCGGGUGCACAGGAAGGUCGUCGUGCAGGCUGGCACGUUGCCCAGCUGCUGCACGGUGCAGCCUGCCAAUGAGGACUCGCGGGGAGUGCUGAACCAGCGGCUACUGGCCGCAUGUCGCGACAACGACAUCGGAGCCCUGAAGAUGGCCCUCGAGGAGGGGGCCUUCCUAGAAACUCGGCGCCCCUUCGUCAUGCGGCCGAAGCCCCCCUCCGGGGUUUUCGGUGACGAAGGCCACCAGAUCAAGCGGAAGACUCCAAAGGAGGGUCUGACGCCUCUCAUGUAUGCCUCGCAGAAUGGCUCGGUGUCUGCCGUUCACAUGCUGAUGGAGGCCAGGGCCAACAUCAUGGCCAAAGAUGAGGAGACCUUUGUGGGGUAG